CAGCGGCACGCGGCCUUUCGAGGUGUUCACAUGAUCCACAAAAGACGGUGAACCCCUAACACGACUUUGUGGCUUGGACAAACCAGCUUUCUUAGCGACACGGAUCUACUUAUACCUACACAAGCGUCUUACAGAGCCUGGUCGACCAUUUGGCGUGUCUAGAAUGUGUGUCGGGUGCGGCAGGGUCUAGAUCCAAUUAUCAUUCUGACUUUUCCUUUUAUAUAUUGUAAUGCGGUAGUCGGGGCGUUCGUUCAGCUCAGCAAAGCUUUUACUUUGUUAUCUGUUCAGAUGUCGAUUUUCUGGCGGCGAGGCAAGAGCUCAAAAUGAAUGCUUUCCAUAUAUCUCUGGGAUGGUGGGACACGUUUCUUCUGGGCGGGCUGGCACAGGCGUUGAUUGGUACAGGACAGGUCAUGCGACGCAUCGAACGUGGCCGAGCUGUUCGCGCAACUUCUUUCCUUCCAAAAUCUACAUUGACCGCCGAUACUGGACUGGCUGGAGGUCCUUUCUUUCUUUUCUCUUUUUUUGUUCUGGGGCUGCUGUGUGACGCAUGGGGUUAUUUGGAACGAGGCAGAUACCGGACUGGGCUGGGCUAGGGAGGGUGUCUAUGGGCUUGUAUGCCUCAUGAUGGGUGAUGAAGAGAUUCCCGGGUCUGCUGGUCCCAACAUUUUGUUUCGAGAGAAGACGGAAGUGGGUUGUAUGCUAGAUGCAAUCCUAGAAAUCACGUGAGAACAUGGAAGAGAAUAAAACAAUCCAGCCUCGCUGCUUCCCACC